AUGGACAAAAGGAUCCUCUACAAUCUAAGAUUAAGGAAGUCUACCAUAACGUAUGCUGUGCUAUUCAUAUUAUCAACGUUUGUGAUUAUCAAUACAUUUACCUCCAAAUCGCCAUUAGCAUCGCUACCUUUCAAGUACUAUGCAACUCCUGCAACAUCCAAGUUGCAAGUAUUUGAUAAUAUCGCAGCAACAUUAAGUAAGAAUACCAUCGUGACCGAUAUUAAAAUCAAGAGGUGCCUUAAGUACACAAAAUGUGACUUAAGUAAAGUGGAGAAAGUCCAAAAAUGGAUCAAGUUGGAAACGCCAUUGGAAUUGUAUGCAAAGAAUGAUUUUAAGAACUUUGUCAGUAAUUUGGAGAUCUUCAACCAUUACAUUUAUAUAAAAAAGACUCCUGUCAAGGAUGCUCCACGAGGUUUAGUGGAUAUAAGAAUAUCUUCGUCGUCGGGUUCUUCAGUUAUUCCUGAAGGUGAAGACGCUAGAGACUGGGAACAAGCUCCCUCCGACUCUUUUACUAUUUGGAAGAAGUAUGUAAGAAAACCAGCAAAAAGGACGAAUGGGCCUCCCUUCUUGGAGACUGAGUUUAUCCGAGAUAUCAAUAUCUUGUAUGGAAUGGAUGACUUGGCUGACGGAAGGGAAAACUGGGAAUUGCAAGAUACACCCAUAGAAAUUCAAAACAUAGAUAAUACCAUACCGCCAUAUCUCUCACUUUUGAGAGUAUCUAUGUUGAGACAGGCUCAAGUUGUGGCCGCUCUGAACAAAUUUCUGCAUCUUAAAUUUAACCAAAUCAUGUUUACUGAACUGAAUUAUGUUAAAAUUUUACAGCUUUCAGAUUUACAUUUUGGUGCCGAUAAGGGAAUAUUGUGUAAUAAUAAAUUAGAUGACGGAAUGGAGGGAUAUGAUAUAUGUGAUUCAGACUCUAAGACGUUAGAAUUUAUUGAUUCUUCAAUUGAUCAGGAACUGAAGCAACCAAUCGAUCUUAUAAUUAUUUCUGGGGAUUUAAUCGAUAGCUAUAGAACUAAAGAUUUCAGAUCUACCAUAUUGAAGGGGUUGGCUCCUAUUUUGGAAAGAAAAGUUCCGUUUAUAUUCACAUUUGGUGAGCUGGACGAGGUGGCUACACUUGAAGAAAAAGAGGACUUAAGUACUGUCUCCAACAAGGACGAUCGUAAAAUUGAUCCAGUUUUAAAAUUGAACAUCCUUAAUUUCUUACAGUCUUUACCAUAUUGUUAUAAUGUUUUACACCACUAUGAUGAUAGAAUCCAUGGGUUGAGCAACUACAAUAUUAAAGUUUAUAAAAACGAUCCAAAUUCCAAAGCACCACUUGAACAGUCUAAACCUGCAGUCGUUUUAUCGAUAUUAGAUUCUGAAAACCAUAAGAUUGACUCAUCACAAAUAAACCAUUUAUACAGGUUCAACCAAGGAAUCAAAACUGAAAACCCAUUCAAAUUGCUCUUUUUCCACUACCCAUUGCCAAAUUAUAGGCCACUGGGAGAGUUCAAAAUUAUUGGAAGCUACAACGUAAAGCAUCCAUUAAAUGUAAAGACUGACUCUAAGUAUAGAGACGAUAUUUACAAUUUAGGAUACCAUGUUGUCUCUGUCGGGCAUGAACACGAAAACGAUGCAUGUAUUUUAAGUGAAUCAAAGCAUAAGGAUAAGGUUAUGAAUGAAUUAUGGUUAUGCUAUAGUAGUGUCACUGGAUUUAGUGGAGAAACAUCAGCUCAAGAUUAUGAUAGGAAAGUAAGAUUAUUCGAAAUUAAUUUCGCUGAGCAGAAGAUGUUAAGUUGGAAGAGGAGUCAAAAAAGUGGAGAGGGAUUUGAUUAUCAAAUGAUUUAUCAGUAUGAGUAA